UUUCGCCGUAGUCGUUUGUUUUCUUUUCGAUGCAGACGACAUUCCGACUUCAGCGAAAAACGAGGAACGAAAAUGCCUACAGAAAUCACGACAGGAAAAACAGUGUUUAUUUUAGCCGCGGUUGUGGGGUGUUUUGCUGUGCUAUGGCCACGAUUAUUCCAUCCAAUGCUCCAGUCAGCCAUUUACGAAAAAGGUUCUCUUGAUAACACUGCAGGAUGCUGUGAUGUAAUUUCUGACAUGGAUGUCAAUGCCAUGAGAAUAUUGAAAGAAAUGUGUGGUCGAAUUGUCACUAAACAUGAUGAACUAGAUCCUAAAUUUUUGUCAGACUUCGAGCAUGGGAAAAUGAGCAAAGAUGUUAUAAAUACAUGUAAAAAGGAGGUUUUGAGCACAUGUGGUGUUGACAUCACAUCUUUUCUGGCAGAACAAGUAGGGCUUGGUCAAACUUAUCGUCAAAUCCUAGAAAACAUAAAGACCUUCAACAAUUCUGUUUGUUUGAAACAACACUUCGGGCUUGAAAGAAGUAUAGUUGGUGCUGCCAGAUAUUGGUCACAUUCAUCACCGAAAAACUUGAGGCAAGAACGUCCUCCUCACAUGCGCCCAGAUCUAGUGCAUGCAGCUCUAAGAGAACGUGGAAGAGCCAUACCCCAAUCCAAUGUUGUUCCAAGGAUUCUUGAAGGCAGGCCAGGACCCAUUCCAGGGAUGCGUCCACCUAUGGGAGGAGCAGGACAUGUUGUUCCAGCACCCAAAGCAACUCAAGGAGCUCUUGGCAUUUUGAUGCCUUUGUACACUAUUGGCAUCGUAAUGAUCUUUGUUUACACAAUGAUGAAGCUCUUAACGAGGAGGAACACUGAGGCUGAGAGUGUGAACAACUUCCAAUCAGACCCCAACUUCCGACACUAUGUUUUUGCUGAUCAACACGGAGGACAGAAUGGGACCAACAAACACCGUUAUGAUCAGCCUACAAAGUUAGACUGGAAAGAAAGAGACACAAGAGAGAUUGAAAUGCUUAUGCUUCGAAGAAGACUUCAAGAAACUGAGGCUGCCAUGGAGCGCAUUGUAAAAAGAGUCGGCAUGGUCCCCUUCAAAUCUGAAUUUGCUGCACAGGGAGAAAAUGGACUACAGGCGGAACCAAAGAAAGAGGGUGAAGGGGAGCAGGAAGGAACUAGCGUGAAGGUUGUCAAUAUGGAAACAACUGCUAGUUGUGAAGGUGGUAAACCAUGGACUGGAAGCCGCCCCUCAACACCCACUAUGCCACGAAGCCGCCCUCCUAGUCGCCCACCUACGCCACUUGAACGAGAGGCAGCUACAAUCCCAUUACCACAGGAUGCUCAGGAGAUCUAUUUAGAAGGUGCUCUACCAUCCCAAGCUCAACUUCUUGUUGCGGAAUCGGAAACAGAGGCACACAAGGUGGUAGAAGAUGAGGUUGCGAGCAGAAAUGAAAGUGCAGGACAAGUGGGCCUCACACAAGACAGCAUCCAAAAUUUCUCUCUUUCCAACCAAACACAGCCAGAACUUCCAACUAACAAGAAGAAAAAAUUAUCUUUUGCUUUUUGGGGUGAAAAGAGUGAUGAAGGCUGUGAAGUAGGAAAUGUUACAUACAAUUCUGAACCUGUUAGUUUUGAUGGGAGAAAAGUUUCACAGUCUCUUGAGAACCAAUCAAUAUCUGAACAGCAAGCUCAACUUGAGAAACAUGUUCUGCCUAUUGACAUGGAAAGACUUGAAAAGCUCAAAACUUUGGAUCAAAAUUAUCUUCUGAGUGAAAUUGACAACAUUAUUGAAGAAGCCAUUGGAUGUGUUCAGCAAGAGCUUCUAGCUAAACAGUACUCAGGUUAUGAAGAAGAGGAAGAGAUUGGGAUGGUGGAUGAGGAGGAAGAAGAUGAAGGAUGCAGUGAUGAGAAUGAUGUUGAAAGUGAUAUUCGUGAUGCUCUUAAAGAAAGUGAGAAAAUUCGGAAAGCAGUUCAUGAGAAAGUUGAGGAAGUCAAAUUGUCCAUGGCUUCAAACUCUGAUCUCACAGAUAAUGAGGUAGAAGUGAAGACAACUCAAUCAAAAGUUAUAUUUGCUGACAAAGCCCAUGUGAUUUCUGCAGACACAGUUAAGAGCUUUCAUGAUGAUGAUGAAGAGGAAGUGGAAGUCGGUGAGGUAGACGAAGAAGAGGAAAUUGAUGAUGAGUAUGAGGAUGAAGAAGUUGAGGAGGAAGAGGUAGAAGAGGAGGAGGAAGAGGAAGAGGAAGAAGAAGAGGAAGAGGAAGAGGGGGGUGCUGAAGAUACCAUUAAUAAAAAUGUUGCAAACCCAAAAACAUUGGAAGCAAGAGAAAAUGUCAAUGUGGACCAUGAUGUAGAAUAUGAUAAUGAGGGCGAAAUUAAUGAAGAAGAGGAGAUGGAGGAGGAAGAAGAAGAAGAGGAGGAGGAGGAGGAGGAGGAGGAGGAGGAGGAAGAGGAAGAGGAGGAAGAAGAGGAAGAUGGGGAAGAAAAGGAGACGGUUGGGGAAGCUUUUGUUUCCAGUCAGAAUGGUAAGGAAUAAUUAUUAUUAUCUCUAGAGUCCCGCAGAUCAUACAGAUCACAUUUGCAGACAAACAUGAACAUACCGAUGGUCACAUGGGACUCAACAUUUUCAUGAUGCUAAGAGAAUGCCUUUUUUCAUGUUAGACAGAAUGUGUAAUUAUAACAAUGGCUACACAUUAUCCUAAAAAGUAAAUAAAUUUUAAUAGACCAAUGUCUUCUGUGACUUUCAAAACUUAGAAAUAUUUGUGAUUUGUGGUUUACUAAAGCCUAGACAUUUAUGAUAUGUAUUAAUUUUUAACCUACCAACAUGUCAGCUUUGAAAUUGUGCCACGGUCUGAUAAACUAGUCUUCAAUAACAUAAUGUCUACACCACUGACCAAUCAGGUUGUACAUACAUAAUUAUGUCCUUUCAUACAUUAAGUCUGAUUCUUCAAUCUGUAUCGUCCAUCAUGUAAAUUUGUUAAUACCUGAAGGCCAUGCCCUUGCAUAUUUUUUCCAUUGUAAAGUUUGUAGGUGGCUUUGUGAGUCUUUGCAAGGGGUUGGGAAUUCAUUACUUUUGCUGGUCGGACAUGUUCAUCAUCAAGGCAUAAAUUGUGUAUUUUGAUGUUUUUUAUGUUAAUUUAGUUUGUAUUCUAUUAAUUGAUUGAUUGAUUGGACCGAAGGGGGAGUGUGGUUAAUAAUUAGGAAUUCAAUGAACCUACUUUUGAAGUAAAACUAUUUAGAACAAACAGAUUUCUGAUUUAAGGCUUUUUCAAUUAUGCAUUGUACCCUGGAAAUCCUGAUUAUCGUGCAGUUUGAAUAGUUCUUUGUUUGAAUUUGAAAACUGAGUUGUGCCAAUACGGUUUUCUUUCUUUUUGUAAUGAAUAUGCUGGAAACUUCUUCAUAUGUUGAUUCCAAAGUGAACAUUGUCCUCAAAUAAAUUCCUAUUUUUAUUCUAGUCUUAUGUCAAUAAGAACUCAAGUUGGUUCCUAGUUCUAGGGCGAACUAGAUUAAAGGCCAGGAAAAAUUGAUAUAAAUUACCAUACCAUGUAGGUGGUUCCUACUCUGCAUGUCUUACGGUUGUAGUGUAUCGUGAAGGGUGCUCGGGAGUUGCAUUUUCGACCAUAAAGAGCCGUGUGAUUCUUAAGCCAAACAUUAGUUAACUUCGCCUGUACGACUCCCUGGCACAAUACUAGGUCGUAUAAAAAGUGCACGGCGUUAACUAGCCAUCGGGUGCACCAAUAAUUGUAGUUAAAAAAUUCCCGUGCUCUAACGUUAAUUGCACCAAGUUUCUACUUGUUAAAAUAUAUACUCCAUCCGAAAAUUUAGCAAGAUUUCUUGAGAGUAAAGCAAAUGGGAAAAGCAUUUUUUUCCCCCAACAGUGCAGCAUUUAUAAGAAGAUUUUCUGUUGUAUUUCUAGGUAUCCCUCAAAUCGACCCCUUUUACAUUUCGUAACUUAUUUUGUAUAUAUGUAAAUUCCGAAUGAGUAGUGUAACUUAACUAUUCCUUGGUUUAAAUUUAUAGUGCACGUGUAAAUAUAUAAAUAAAGGUGUUUUGCAUACAAUAUUA